CGACAGAUAAUUCAACCACAUCACCAACUCUCUCACAAACGCACAGACCCGUGAGCUGACGAACCAUAAACCCUAAUUUCCAUCGUAAUCCCAUUGUUUUUCAACCUUCCCUAUCCUCUCGACAUCGCGACUGAAAAUCAAAACCCUGCAAAGGGCAGAUUUUUCUUUGCCCCGUUUGCAUUUUAGUUCCGCGUAAUUUUUUUUUAUCUCGUAACGCCUCCGGUUUUAGCUUGCUUUUGCUUUCUCUCGUCUGUGUUGUUUUUUUCAGGGGGUUGACGGCGGGGUUCCGGUGCUUUACGUUUAGCGUUCGUCGGAGACAUUGUGGAUAAUCGCCAGUUUUUGGCUCGGGGGUCUGGUCGUUAAUGGUGGUUGCUUCGUGCUGUGGAAAUUUUAGGGUUUCCGCGUAACUUCUAGAAAAUUCCGGACUCUCCUCUGCUGUUCGUUGAGUUGGGUUUUUUUUUUGUGCUUGGAGCUGCCCGAAGCGAUUUCCUGGCGUUUCUGUAUCUGACUGGCAAAAAUGCCAUCUGAAUACCCGAUCCUUGAUAAUAGACCUAUAGAUCAGUGGAAGGUCGUGGAGCUGAAGGAGGAGCUCAAGAAGCGGAAGUUGGCAAUCCGGGGUUUGAAGGACGAUUUGAUUAAGCGUUUGGCAGAAGCAAUUCGUAGCGAGAGUGCAAAUGCAGAGGUUGAGGUGGAUGUCCAUUCGAGUCAUCCAGCUGGUGAUAAGAAAGAUGUAGAAGACGUAGGGGUUUCAGAGACAGAGAAGCAUGACCCAUUGGUUGAUGGUUCCAACAUUAAGAGUUCUGAUGCUGCCAAAGUUGGUACAAAUGGUAGUCCGGAGGCCAUGGGCGAAGAGAAAACGAAAGAUGAUGAAGUGACAGGAAAUGCUGAUCUUUCAAAGGGAGGGCCACCUCUUGAUGGUCAUAUAGAGCCUCUUGAGGCUGAAAGGGAAGUCAUUGAAACUGUUGCUGUUACUGAGAAUGUGGCUCAUGAUUUGGCUGACAGUGGAAAAGAUGAGGGAAAUUCUGGUACAAAGGAGAUUGAGGAUAAUGGAAAUGAUCAGCUGGAUAAUGGGGAUCCAAAACCACUGCAUGAACAUGAUACUCCAGUACUUCAGUUGGAUAAUGAGGAUCCAAAGCCCCAGCUGGAGCAGGAGGAUAAGAAAACACAGCUGCAGAAUGAGGAUUCAAAGCCUCAGCUGGAGAGUGAGAAUCGAAAUUCUGAGCUGGAAAGUGAGGAUUCAAAGCCUCGGCUGGAGACUGAGAAUCCAAAGUCCGAGCUGGACAAUGAGGAUUUGAAGCCUCCACACGAGGUUGUCAAGCAUGACCCAUCUGCACCAAUUAACCAGGUAUCUGAGGUUAGCCCUAGUUUAGGGUUUCAAACAAAAUCUGAUUCACUUUCUACUGAUUCUGUGUCAAUUAAUGAAAAGAAUGAACUAAAGGAUAAUAUAAUUGCUGAUAAUGUCAAAUUAGAACUAGAUGAUGUUAAACCAGAGAUGGUGGAACUAUCAUCAUCAAGUAAUGUUGUCCCGGUUGGUGGUGAAUCACAUCCUAUGGAUGUUGAAGAGCCACAAGAGAAGGCAUUGGUUAAGGAGAAAGAUGGAGGCGAUGCGUACAUCGGAGAUGUGGAGAAGAAAAUUGAUAACAUAGAUGUGGGUGAUUCUGAGAAGUUAAGUCUAGAUAGAAGUUCUGGUGAUGAUUCUAUGGAUGAAGAUACUUUGGAGAGUAAGCAGAUUGAUUCGAAGUAUAAUCCUGAUGAAGUUGGAAAUAAAAAUGAGACAGAUGAAGUACCUGUGAACAUGGAUCUCAAUACGGUGAAGCUUGAUGGAAAUAAGCCAUCUGUGGGCCGAACAGAAGCUCUUGUUGAGAAUAAGAGCAGUCAAGAUAUAGGUGUUGAGAAGAGAAAGCUUAAUGACCAGGAAGCUGUGAGCACUGAACCGUUGAAGAGGCAGCGAAAGUGGAAUUCUGAUAGCAGCAAGUCCCUUGACAUACAAAAUUCUAGUCAGACUUCUACUCUUACUCAUGUAUCCACACCUAAGGAUACUUCUUUUCAGCCUUCCAAGCAAAACUUCUCUCGAUCAGACUCAAUGGUCAGUGAGGAAGCACCAAAGGAGCGUGUUGUUCCGCCAUCGCAAAAAACUCCAACCACUUCUUUGAAAAUCGAUCGUUUUUUACGUCCUUUCACUCUGAAAGCAGUCCAAGAACUUCUGGGAAAGACUGGGACUGUGAAAAGUUUCUGGAUGGACAACAUCAAAACCCAUUGUUUUGUCACGUACUCUUCAGUGGAAGAAGCCACGGAGACUCGAAAUGCUGUGUAUAAUCUCCAAUGGCCUCCAAAUGGCGGGCGCCUCCUGGUUGCAGAAUUUGUUGAUCCUCAGGAAGUGAAGUCAAAAGUCGAUGCACCUCCGCCAUCUCCUGCAGCUGCUAAGCCUGCUUCCACUCCUGUUCCUGCACCAUCUAGCCAGCCACAGCCUUCACCCCGCCAGCAGGCUACUAGACAGCAACUGCCACCACCUCCUCCCCUUCCACCACCGCCGCCACUGUCGAACCCUCCACUGGUUAAGGAACGGCUCGUGCCGCCACCACCUCCACCACUACCUGAGAAACCCGAGGCCCCGAUUGUGACUCUAGACGACCUGUUCAGGAAAACCAAAGCAGUCCCUCGAAUUUACUACCUCCCGCUGUCUGACGAACAAGUGGCGGAGAAGAAGAGACGUGGGCAACAGGGUAGAAAUGGCAGGCCCUAGGGAAGUUUGCACUAUCAUAAAGUUUCAGUCUUUGCAGGUUCUGCAGGUUUGGGUUGUAGCAGAGACAGAGAUAUGGAUUUGGGUACUCUGAAGAUUUGCAUUUUCAUCGUUUUUUCCCCUUCUCUUUUUUGUAGCACUAGAGAGUAGAGACAAUGGAAUGAGAAUUAGGGGCACUCUGUUUUAUGAGUGAGGUCAUGUCACUAGUGCAUCUGUACUCUGCAUAUUUCAUUCCCUCUUCCAGAGAACUAUUUGCCAAGUUAGGAGCGUUUUAAGAUCCAGAAGUCGCGCAACUUUCCUAUGAUGAUGCUUCCCCUUCGUUGUAACAUCACAUAUUUUCGCUUUUGUGUUUCUCCUGCAUUAGGAAUCACUAAUCUGGAAGAGUUGUUGUGUUACUAACGAGUACAAACAUAGAUUUAACAGUACAGAACUGCGGUGAAAUUUUUUGUUUAAAUUUGAGGUUUGGGUUACGAAUUUGCUGCA